CCAUGAGUGUUGCAUAGUAGAGGAGCUGAAAGGACAGAUAGAUUUUGUUUUGAAGGGAGACCGCCAGUUUAGGAUUGAGUUGCCUGCAAUCGAUUGUAGUUUUAGUUUAGAGAAAAUGCCACAACUGCCAACUAACACGGCAGAGGAAUAUGGCGCUGAUGAUGAAGUUAAGGAGUACAGACAAGAGGACGACGAAGGCUCAGAAAACUCCACAGUGGACGUGGUCAAUGACAUCAAAUCUGACUUGAUCAAAAAAGACGCGGAAGAUCAAACGCUUGACUCGGGCAAAGAAGAAAGCAAUUAUGUUGAGCUGCAUGGGCGCAACAUCAAAGGGGAAGCUGCCCAAGGAGUAUACGGCCGGCCCGCGCCUGUUAUAGUAGGACCACAUUCCAAGUUACCCGAUAGCAGUCAAACACCAAUUGCUCAAUUGCUUGCAUUUCCACAGAGAUAUUACGAGCACACUGGCUACCCACCGGGAUGCAGCUCAGGACAUACUGCUACACAUCACCCAGCAAGCUAUGCAACUGCAUCACAAAUACACAUGCCAAUGUACACGAGGAACGAGCGAGGUUUCUUCGAAAGGCCUUGGCAACAUGCCCAGGUGCCAUUUGGGCCUCCUCCGCACGGUUAUGCCCAGUAUUACCAACCGGGCAAAACAGGCGAAGCUCGUCCCAUACCAUAUUUAGAUUAUCGACAUUCGGGGCACCAUCCAAUGGCAGGUCAAAACGCUGGUGUUAUUUCAUACGUCACACAGGUUGGACCUGGGUUUCACCCUCAAGUUCCUGGCGAUCAUAAAGGUGGCAAAGAUAAACGAGCUUUAGCGCAUGUUAAAAAACCUUUGAAUGCUUUUAUGUUGUAUAUGAAAGAGAUGCGACCGAAAAUCGCUGCAGAAUGUACGCUGAAAGAAAGUGCGGCAAUUAAUCAAAUUUUAGGCAAAAGGUGGCAUGCGUUAGAUAGAUCAGAACAAGCAAAAUAUUACGAAAUGGCACGAAAAGAAAGAGCACUACAUAUGCAGCUCUACCCCGGCUGGAGUGCGAGAGACAACUACGCUGUUCUAGGAAAGAAGAAGAAAAGGCGGAAGGAUAAAAACCAGGAAUUGAAUCCAAAGAAAUGCAGAGCAAGGUAUGGAUUAGACAGACAAGAUCAGUGGUGCAAGCCGUGCAGGAGGAAGAAAAAAUGCAUUCGAUUCUUAGCUGGAGCCGAUGGUGUCAACGAAGAGGCUGGGGAGGAGGGUGAACACACUGAGAACAUCGAACCUUCAGAAGAAAAGAUGGAGGACGAUACGAAGUUAGAAGAAGACGAUGCAGAUGACGACGACGAAACUGAAAACGCUGGUCUGUCAGAACCGGAAGAGACAGUUACGAGUAAUUUAACUCAACCGCAACCGCAAUUACAAACGGUUACUACGACGUGACACUGCGUAAAUGGAAAUGCUUUUCGCCUCGACAGCCCGGAAUAAAACCAGGCUGCUACAUUCGCCGGUCGGGCUCAGUGAAAAACUAGAAAUGUUUUAGUAACCGGUCAGACGAGAGAAAUAAUGGUUGGGUACAACAAGCACCUUGUUUCGUUGCAAUCUAGGAGAUGGAUGCUGUUUCUCAAAGUCAAUCAGUGAAUAAUUUCGAUGAUUAUGUUCUUUCCAAGAUGCACUUGAUUUUAAUCAGAACCAAAGGGGCGGAUUCUUUUAAUCGUAGCUAGGCGGUGCUUUCCAUGCCCCCUCAGGCAUAGUGGAGCAUUUUAGCUCGAGAUCAUCUCGACUACUGCUUGAUAUUUUGAACAGGACACUCCUUAAUUUUGAGAUCCCCUAUUAAAAUGGCUUUGAUCUCCUGUGAAAAAGGAUCAAUUUUCUUUAUCCCUUUAUCCUUUGAAUUUGUAACUGGCUUUUUCAAGAGAAUUUUUUUGCAUUUUAAUGGAGAAACACGAUGAUAGUGAAGCCAUCAGAAAUAUACGAAGGAAGCAAGCCAAUUGAGCACCAGUUUCUCUCUUUCUCUCUCUAUGUGUAGUUGUUGCCAAUAAGGGUUCUUGAAAUUUCUGGGACUAAGAUUGUUUGCCUCUUCAUGGAUAUCAGCAGAUUGCCUACACCCAAAACCAGGAUCGUUUUCCUGGCAAACUAACAGCCAUUGCAGCGACCAUCUGCAUGAGCCCCGUACUGCAUGCACAGCAAUCCGUGAAUUCGAGAGCUAGAAUUGACUGGCAAUGAUAGUAGUUGUGGAAAUUCGUGCGUAAGAACGGAAUGUUUUGAAAUAGUAACUUAUACACAAGCAAAUUUUGUAUUUUGUAAUACUCUAUAUUGAAAGGUUAUAUUAAGCACGCUAAGUGGAACAUAGAUUACAGUGUUAUUGUUGUUAUAGACAGCCACCGCCUAUUGUAGAAACGAGUCUAUAGAUUAUGCAUUCAUGUUUUCUGUUGAAUAGGCCUUCAGGGGUCAAGUGUUGUGAACCUAUACUAAGAUGUUCGACUUGAUGCAAUCGUUUUUUGCAAAAUCUACCCCGUAAUUGCAAAUUUAAAUCGUUACUUCAAAUGUGCUGUAUGCUACUUAAGAUAAUCCCCAUUUUAACAUAGCGAUUUAUGUAGUUCUUGAGUAAUAAUAUUUUUUACAGUCGACUUUGAACGAUCGCAUCAGUCGCAUUAAAUUCUGGGGAUAUUUUCGACACACGAAAUUGUGUUGUUUUUCUAGGUUACACUAUUUACAUUGGGUGCACUACAUGAUAAAGUUUCUAAACAUUUUAUAUCCCUUUGACUAACAGUUGAUGACUUUGAGUUAGACAAAAAUCGAUUAUCAAAUUAUUUGCAUCGUGUUGCUCAAGCCUUUGACCUGUUUUCCACCCAAUACAUUCAACUCAACCAUACAUGAGUUGGUUUUCGGCUCUCCAUCUGUUGGAAAUAUUUGGUGCCUUCUUGUGACACCAGGACUGUCAAAUCGCUGGUAGCGUAUUGAUAUGGUACCUGUUUUUAAGGAGGCCCAAAGUUUGAAGCUUACAGACCUUUUCCCAUCAGUGUUAACACGUUCCGUUUUAGGUGCCAAUAAUGCAGUUCGUUCUGCAUUCAUUUAAUUUUUGUUGUGGCUUAUUUUGUUUAAACUCUUCUGAAUGGAAUGACAGAGAGAUAAUUGUUAGGUAAUUAUUGACUGUAGAUUUACUUAUUUGUUCUUGAAUAUUGAAGCAAGGCAGGGUACAUUAUUUUUUAAAUAUCAUAGAACUGUAAAUAUAAAAAGAUUGUUUCAAUACUCUUGUACAGCCGUUUGUUAAUUAUUGGAUUUUUGCUGUCACUAAGAA